AUGGAGGAGAAGUGCGGCAAGGCUAUGGAGGUGUACAAAACGUGCACUGAGGCGUCACUCAGUGAUAAACGCCUCCCGCCUCCACUCGUCGAAGUCGGCUUCCCGCCAAAGCAUUCUUGA